AUGGCAUCGAGCUCUGGUCUGACGCGCCGGAGAGGAGGAGCGGGCGCUGCCAGCAAUGGCGAGGACGAAGGCAGCCGCGUCAGCUCGCCAGCACCGAAGCGCAACGACGACAAUCGCGCCCCCGAGACGUCGUACGAAAACUCCGAGAAUGGCCACAAGAUCGCAUUCGAUCCGCGAGAUAUCAGUGAGAGCGCAGAAAGGAGCAAGCAGCCCAAGCUGACGCUCAUGGAGGAAAUCAUUCUCAUGGGCCUCAAGGACAAGCAGGGAUAUCUGUCAUUUUGGAACGAUAACAUCUCCUAUGCCUUGCGAGGAUGCAUUGUCAUAGAGCUGGCCUUUCGAGGUCGAGUGAGCAUGCAAAAGGACUCCUCGCGGCGGCGAUUUCCCCUGGCAGACCGGGUCAUUGAGGUCAUUGACGACACACUUACCGGCGAAGUGUUACUGGACGAGGCACUGAAGAUGAUGAAGUCGAGCGAGAAGAUGAGCGUUAAUUCCUGGAUCGACCUGAUGAGCGGAGAAACAUGGAACUUGAUGAAGAUUGGCUACCAACUGAAACAAGUACGCGAACGAUUAUGCAAAGGCCUCGUCGACAAGGGCAUCCUCCGCACCGAAAAGAAGAACUUCUUACUCUUCGACAUGGCCACACAUCCUGUUGCAGACGGCGGCGCAAAGGAAGAGAUUAGGCGCCGGGUCCGAAAUGUGCUCACGAACCGCACUGUCGUUCUUCCUGGCAGCCAAUUCUUGCCAGAGGAACUCGAGUUCAGAGUGCUUCGAACCGUCACCAUGGUCUGCGCGGCGUAUGCAGCCAACGUGCUGGAGAAUGCGUUGACUACAUUGGGACACGAGGCUCGAGAACGCGCGUUUGCUCAAGUGGACGAGUUGCUGGCAGAGUAUUCGCAGUGGCCUUUUGCAAAGCGACAAGGCGGCUCACAGGGCGUGGGUGCCAACCUGGGACAAGUCAUCGCUGACGAAGUGAACGGAGCCAAGGACAAGGAAUUGCAACUCGAGGUCGUCGCUGCUUGCUUGAGCGUGUUCACGCGACUGGAUUCACUUCUAUGA